AGGAAGGAUAAAGUAACUCCAGAAUGCCCCGAUACAGGAGAUGGAACAAUUCCUACAGCUACAAUUACAAAUGAAGUCAAAGUGGAGGACGUAGCUCAUGGAAGGGCAAAAGUAAACAUAUUAGGGAAAGGAAAGGCCUACUAUCCAACCUUUGACCUUGAGUCACUGACCCGUAACACUUGGGCCACAGAUGACUAUGACGACAGUGAUUUAGUGGAUGUGUUGGACCGGACGAUGGCUGCGUCAGGCCGUCUGAACACCAGCGGGGACGGCAGCGAUGAUCAUGAGGAUGGCAUGCUGUUUGGAACAAUACGUGGUGCCAUCGUAGGCAUUCAGUACUACAAAGGAGAGGUCAACAACAACGAGAUGGUUGCCAUGGUGAGAGAGCCUGAGAAUAACUACGACCCAAACGCUAUCAAGGUGGUCAAUAUUUGGGGUCAGCAAGUCGGCCACAUCAAACGAGAAAUGGCUUCAGCCUUGGCUCCAAUUGUUGAUGGCAAACUGGCUCGUAUUGAAGGUGUUGUGCCCUUUGGCAAGAACAACCAGUUCCGCAUUCCUGUGGACAUUUCAGUCUGGGGGCAAGGUGACAACAAACCCCGGGUUGUUGACAUGUUGGAGUACCGGGGAGUGAGGUUUGAUCCCCCACGCACUCGGUCAGAGCCGUGGAGAGGGGGCAUGUCACAGUCCGGUCCCACUAAGGUCUACAAGCCAAGAGCCUCGGCUGCAGCCCCUAUGGAGCUCACGAAGGCAGAGAUGCACAAUGAACUGGACCAACUGUUUGAUGACCUCAAACAAGUGGAAAAAACGGUCAUGAUGGAGCCAGCAGAGGCAAUAGCCAGCACCCUAUACCCACACCAGAAGCAAGCUCUGAAUUGGAUGUGUGCUCGUGAGAACUCAGACGACCUGCCUCCAUUCUGGAAGAGCCAGGGUCGCAGCUUCCUCAACACGGUCACCAACUUCAUCAACCCGACCAGACCACCCACGGUGCGGGGAGGGAUCCUUGCUGACGAGAUGGGACUCGGAAAGACUUUAGAGAUGAUCGCACUGAUCCUGACCAACUUCCAAGGAGGCCAACCCCUGGCUGUGCCCAAUCCAGAAAGUACCCAAGAUGUUGAGUGCCUUGAUUCUGACUCGGAUUCUGAUGCCUGUGAUGGCAAUGCCACGACCGUCACAGAAAAAGAAGUUCUGGAAAGUGCCCUGGUAGUCCAGAAUACCCAGUCCAAGUUAGAAACAGAGUUGGAGAAAUCAGUUGAGCCUGUAGUGAUAGAUGAUCCCGUGGUUGUUGUGGAGACAGGGCAAAUCCCACAACUACGAAAAGAUGAUACGAUAAUAUUGGAAAGUGUUCCGGACAAUGAGGUGGUCAUUGUUCUGGAUGACGAGGAAGAAAAAGAGAAAGUGGAAGAACCAGCACCUGAGCCAGAGGUUCAGAUUGUGACAGGAAGUGCUCGGCCUAAAAGAGCCAGCAAGAAACCUGUGCGUUAUGUAUUCAGUGGCUCGGAUGCUGAACUCGAGUCUGAUGAGGAAGUACCUAAGAAGAAAUCAAAGACAAAGUCAAAGAAGGAUGAAGUCAGGACUCCGCGAGCCAGCCAGGAAGGUGAUGAGGAAGAAGGAAGCCAGAAAGUAGUACUCAAGUCCAAAGCAGCUGCUAAACCCAAAGAACCAAAGAAAACUCAACAGAAGAAGAAAGGUGGUGCUAAAGCCAAAGGAAAAGUCUUGCCAGACAUGCAACUCCCAAGUCUUCCCAAGUUGCCAACUCUACCAGGCCUGGGCCAACAUGUGCCCGCUGUGGCAUCAACCUGCACCGUCACCACCUGCGAUGGUCCCCUGGCAGCACUCCAACCUCAGCCCCUGACUGGGACCUCAAGUCAUGGCAGUAGGUUUGCUCCCAAGGGGCCCAGGCCUACCCUUAUCCUAUGUCCGCUGUCUGUGAUCAGUAACUGGUUGAAUCAAUUCGAGGAACAUGUUAGACCUGACGUUGACCUGAAUGUGUACACUCACUACGGCGCAGACAGAGCCAAGAGCCAUACUAAGCUGGUCAGUGAAGAUGUAGUCAUCACCACCUAUAACACCCUGGCACAUGAGUAUAAAACCAAGAAGGGCAACAGUCCCCUUCACAAAGUCGAAUGGUUGAGAAUUGUCUUGGAUGAGGGUCACAUCAUACGCAACCCCAGCGCUCUCCAGACUAAGGCCGUGCUGGACCUGAAAGCACAGCGCAAGUGGAUACUGACAGGAACCCCCAUUCAGAACAGCAUCAAGGACCUGUGGGCCUUGAUAUCCUUCCUCGGCCUGGAACCAUUCAAGUCCAACAAGAUGUGGUGGCAGCGAACCAUCGUCCGACCUAUCAACCAGGGCGACAAAGCCGCUGUGGCACGAAUCUCCCAGUUGAUGGAACAGCUUGCCCUGCGACGCACCAAGACCCAGAAGGUCAAAGGUCAGCUACUGGUUGACCUCCCAGCCAAGACAGUCUUCAUCCAGAAAGUGGAGCUAUCUGCAGAGGAGAGAGCCGUGUAUGACAGCAUGGCAAAGGAAGGAAAGCUGGCCAUUGGCAAAUAUUUUAAGACAGGAACGUUGUUGACCAAUUAUGGCAAUGUCUUGGCCAUCCUGUUGCGCCUGCGUCAGUUGUGUUGUCAUCCAGCUCUCAUUGCAGCAGCCGUUGCUCUCAAGGAAGCUGAGAAUUCUGAGGGAGGGGAAGGGCAGGACGAGUUGAAGAAGAAGCUUGUUGAGACCUUACUGGCUGUGCUCAGUCAGGGAGCAGAUGAGGAAUGCUGUAUCUGCCUGGAUUCUCUUUGUGGACCAGUCAUCACGCCCUGUGCACAUGUCUUCUGCAUGCGUUGCAUCAAUGAAGUCAUUACUGCUGGGGUUGGUGGCAAGUGUCCUCUAUGCCGUGGCAACAUCAGCAAAGAGACCUUGGUGGAGGUACCCAGAGAGGUCCAGCAAGACAAGAAACAGGCUGUAGAUGCUGACUGGCACUCCAGUGCUAAGGUUGAUGCCAUGAUGGAGUGCCUGAUCAAAGAACGAAAGAAGGACCCGUCCACUAAGAGUAUAGUGGUCUCACAGUUCACCAGCUUGCUAGACCUUGUCGAGAAGCCUCUAAGAGACAGCGGUUUCAAUUUUGUGCGUCUUGACGGUACCAUGAAUGCCAAGCGUCGUACGGAGUCAAUGGAGGGAUUCUGCAAUCCCAAGCCUGGCUCACCCACCGUCAUUCUGCUGUCGCUCAAGGCAGGUGGCGUUGGCAUCAACCUGACCGCAGCAUCCAGAUUGUAUCUGCUAGAUCCCGCCUGGAAUCCUGCAUCUGAAGAUCAGUGCUUUGAUCGUUGUCAUCGGCUGGGACAAACCAAAGAUGUUAUCAUCACUAAGUUUGUCGUGAAGGACUCCGUAGAGGAGCGCAUGCUGGAGCUCCAGGAUAAGAAACGCAAGCUGAUGGCCAGGGCCUUCAGCAAGAAGCUAACCACGGAGGAGAGACAGCAAGCUCGCAUCAACGACAUCAAGACACUGAUGGACCUGUCUGGCAUGGUGCCAGGCACUUCAGCCAAGUAGAGGGGAUGGAUGCAGUGGGAUGAAGAGAGUGAAAGACCUGGAUUGGACACACAAGGUGAGCAGUAGUUGUUGUGUUGAGGACGGGGACUGCCAAUGAAGCCUGGAACAGGAAUGUCAGGACAGGGCCCAAUUUCAUAGCACUGCUUAACAGCCGACUUUGUGCUUACCGAGCCUCCAUCUAUUUCAUAGGUACUGUUAAGCAGUAGGCACAGCAAAAGCACGCUUAACCCCAGAAGAAAACUUUGCUUAAAUCUGUGACGUAACAAUACAAAUCUCCAGGCGCGCGCAACCGUUAGCAUGAAAUAGUGCUUAGGCAGCAGCGUGAUUUUCUGUUAAGCACAACUUUUGUGCUUACUGUUAAGCAGUGCUAUGAAAUUGGGCCCUGAUCCAAGGGGGCUGGUUGGGGUGGCCAACCAUCCAUCUCCCUUCCCUCUAACUGACCAAAGUGAAUAAGAUGCAUAACAGAAGAACCCCUGUUUUCUUGAAGUUCCAUGUAUAACGUCAUUGUAGCAAAUCUUGAUUCACUGCUUCAGGCCUUCGGUCUUACAUGUGUUGACUGCCGCACCCCCUUUAAAAAUCUUUUACUUUGACACCUUAACCAUCUCUCUUUGGAAAAUCCUGGAUCUGCCAUUGAUGUGUUACUUCUACAAGUUACUCUGAUUGAAACACGGAUCCUCUACAGGGAUAAACGACUCAUCUGAGCUCGUGUACAAAAUGUACGGAACAGAUUGUCUACAUGCGUGAUAUGCCGCAUCCGCGCAUAGAACAACAAAUAGAACAUGUAGAACAAUUAAUCCCGACAUGAAUCCCCACAGCUGGCGCCGGCCUACAUGAAAUCUCGUUGAAACCCAUCAGAAAUUUGACUGCAGUCGCGCGCCGAGUCUCACCGAAUUUGUUUAUCCUUGUGUAAAGGAUCCAUGGUUGAAUCUAGGUCUAUGUUCACAAGUGAUUGAGUCCUGAAUUUGCUGCAUUUGUCCGAUGUAAAAUCUAUACAGUAUUUAACAAAGCCAAGGAUGACCAAGUUCUGUGUAUUAUGCAUUGUUCAGUUUUAUGCUUGCCUUAAAUAUUUUUUUAAAAGUUUAAUUAGAGGUAAACAGUUUAGUAAUAAUUUUGCAGAUCACCAUUCAGCCAAUUGAUGGUUAAAAACAUUCCGCCCAGCAUUACAUUAUAACAGAGCUUUGGUUAUUGUUGCUUUUACCAUAAAAAAUAACAUUAAAUAGUCAUCUUUUUGUCCCGCCCCUAGGAAUGAAGUACUUGUUCAAGUUGUUGCUGGAUUUAAUUAUUCACAUUGCAAUUGUUCUUUUGAUUGCCAAAGAAGUGCCUUAAUCUUCAUUCCUCGUAUUUGAAAUAUAUUCCUCUUCAUUCAUUUUCAGGGUAUAUUGGUUUGAUAAAAAGAAAUACCAAAGCAUAGUUUAUUUUGUAACAGACUUUGUAGUUUUUUUUUCAAAUACACCACAAAGGGAAACAACUAGGUGCAUUAAAAUAGAAUAAAAUUCAAAUAUAAACAAAGAAAUUGACUGGAGCAGGGUUUCAACCUGCAACCUAGUUGUUAAUUUAGUUAUGUUUUGUUACAUGAUAACAUGUACCCUGAUUCUGAAAUAACCAGUUGGAGUAAACUGACUCUUGGCAGAAAUAUACGUGUACCUUAGCUUUGAGGUCUACGUGAGAUUAAGGAGCAUCUACAUGUAGAUUUGUUUUCCUGGUUACCCAAUGGUAUCACUGCUCACUGUCAAGACAGUUUUCAAUUUUAUCAGAAACAAUGAUUUCUCUCUAUUUUGAAUCAUACAGUCACAGACAUUUGAAUUACAUGAACAUGAAACCUCUUAGGUUAAUUGGCUUCUGUAAUCAUCUACGAAAGUCAUUUUGCAACUGUUAUUUCCAAAGUAACUUGGAUCACAUUUGAUUAUAGUUAUCUUCCACUUUUUAAUAGAGGAAUUUCUUCAAACUACUUUGUUUUCCAUGUUUCUUGUUGCUAUUUUUCACAUGUAUUCAUUUUGAUCAACAUUUAUAUGGUACUUGUUAUUUUGUUAAAGAUAUCUUAUGAUUUUAUUCAUGUUUAUAUGAUUUUUAUUUUUUUGUACUACUAUACUUUGUUGAGAAAAUGUCAUUAAAUUUCCAUUUGUUGAAAUUUGUUUCCCUGA